AUGAGUAAGUUGGAUGGAAAGGUAGUUUUAAUUUCUGGUUCUGCCACUGGAAUUGGAAACGCUUUAGUUAAUGAAUUUGCUGUGCGUGGUUAUAAAGUUUUCGCAACUGAUAUUGUAUUCUCAAACGAGAAUAUCAACAACAAGGAUAAGAAUCCAUUUUUAACCAAUAACCCAAAUGGAAAUGUUACUCCUUUAUAUUGCAAUGUUGCAAAAGUAGAAGAAAUCAGGAAAUUGAAACAAAUUUUAAUCGACGAUUACAAAAUUGAAAAAAUUGACAUUCUUUACAAUAAUGCUGGAGUGGCUUCAUCGGCUCCUGUAACUGACAUUAAUGAUGAGCAAUUAGCCAGAGUUUUUGAUGUCAAUUUCUUUGGCUGUGUAAGAAUGGUAACUGAAUUUUUUGAAUUGGUUAUAAAGGCGAAAGGAAUCAUUGCCUUCACUGGCUCAGUUACUGGUGAGUUACCAAUGCCAUUUGGUGCUACUUAUUCUGCCUCAAAAGCAGCAUUGAACCAAUAUGCUAGAGUAUUGCAUUUAGAAGUCAAAGGUUUCGGUGUCAGAGUUAUAAAUGUUGUAACUGGAGCUGUAAAUACAGAUCUAAGUGAUCCCACCCCAUUUCCUGAAACUUCAAUUUUUAAUACUGAAGCAGGUAGAAAUAGUUUCUAUAUGAGAAAGAAAGUCUUAAAAGAUGGCAAGGCAAUGGAACCAAAUGUUUAUGCUCAAAGAGUAAUUGACAAAUUAACCAAGUCAGGUCCAAAUGAUUUCCAAAUUUUUGAAGGACAUCUUGCUGGGACGUAUGUUUCCAUUAGUCGAUAUUUACCAAUUGCUGCAUUGGAAUCAUCGUUGCUUAAAAAAUUUGAAAUGGAUAAAAUAUAUGAAUAA